AUGAUGAUCCUUUCUCUGACUCUCAUCUGGGCGCUCUCCAGCACAGCUGGAGCACUUCAGUGUCAAAGCUGCCAAAAUCCAGACUGUUCAACCACAGAACUAUUAACAUGUCUGACAGAGACCAUGUGUACAACAGCUUUGAUUCAAACCCCUUCAUUUGGAGUUACAGUCUCACAAAUCAUCAAGGCGUGUGCACCAUCCUCCGUGUGUCCAGCUACAGGCUCUCAGACAUUUUCAUUUAACGCGGGUCUUGUGCAGAUAGUUGCAUCUCUUCAGUGCUGCAACACAGAUAACUGCAACACAGACAAUGUACCUAUCCCUUCUGCUCAGCCAAACAGCCUAAAGUGUUUCACUUGUAACGCCACCACCUCUCAAUGCAACUCUCAAUUACAAUGUAAGGGAGUGGAGGACCGCUGCUUUAAAUUGAAUGGGAUGAUAUUACAU